AUGGCCCGCACCGUGCAGCAGUGUGCUCCGCAGCAGGCCCCGCGGCAGGUCCCCGGCCAACCGCGGAAGGCACCCCGUCCGGCACCCCGCGACGAGGACGAGGAUGAGUACAGCUGCAAAGACUACGACUCCAACGAGGAGGGAAGCGACGUCGAGAUGGGGCCGCCCGACGAGGACGAGCACAACGAGAUCAACGGCGGCCUGACCGACGAGGAGCGCCGCCUGCGCGAGGAGCUCGAGAACAGCCCCAUGCGCGCCGAGCUCAAGCACCUCGAGAAGCGCUGGACCAAGAAGGGCCGCGGCUACAUCUGCGAGCCCAAGGAGGACGAGGAGAUCCCCGAGCAGAGGUUCAACUGGUACGAGAAGUUCGCCCUGUGCGUCACCCGCCAGUACGACGACGACAACAAGUACGUCGUCCGCACCGCCCUGCAGGUCAACUCGCCGGCCCUCAAGGAGGUCCUGCGCGACGUCAUCGGCAGCUUCCCCGGCGACUCGUUCUACACCAACGACGUCUCCGUCACCUUCCCCGCCCGCUGCCUCUACCACUACCGCGCCGAGCUCGCCGGCCUGCUCGCCAGGCUGCAGAAGGAGGAGCCCGGCUCGGACAAGGCGGCCCACCUGCCCAUCCUGCUCGACUUCAUCAGCGAGCACUUCGCCGACACCAUCAAGGAGGGCGACAACCUCCGCGAGAAGGGGCUCGUCACCUACGAGCACCUCUGGACCCUCUUCCGCCCGGGCUCCCUCGUCUACGCCCACCGCCUCAGCCAGGCCCGCGUCUUCAAGCUCGAGUCGUACGACUACGUCUGCGGCGACCAUCCGGGCCUGCGGCUCUCCGUCUCCUUCGUCGACUUCGACGGCGCCAGCUUCGGCACGCGCACCACGUGCGUCACCAUCCCGCAGUUCGGCGGCGUCGCCCCGAUCGCCGAGCUCAGCGCCCUGCCACUCGACAUGCACCCGGACAAGGGCGACCUAGAGCGCCUGCUCACCGCCCGCGGCCGCCGGUGGGAGGCCCACGCGGGCCAGAACUUCCGCGAGUACAAGGGCGUGGCGCUCGACGGCCUCGGCCUGCGGUACAACAUCGACGGGCGCGUCAUGGUCGACACGGCGACGCACCACCGCCUCGAGGCCAACACGGCCUUCCGCGUGAACCCGUUCCCGCGCCGUGCGGGCGACAACAAUAGUCGCGGCGGCAAGAAGGCCCUGCGCGCCGACGACAAGGACCUCCUGCCGCAGGACUACGGCGUCGGCGCCUGGGAGCCGCUGACGGACGAGCAGUGCCUGCUCGCGAGCCCGACCGUGCGCGGCUUCUCCUUCACCGAGAAGCGCUUCCUCGAGUUCUUCAUCGACCGCCUGUCCGACAUCGAGUGGAACACGGCCUGCUUCGAGCAGCUCGUCCUGCCCGACAGCCAGAAGGAGCUCGUCCAGGCCCUCGUCGCCGAGCACACGCAGCGCACGACCGACCCCAACAGCAAGGGGUUCGACGACAUCGUCAAGGGCAAGGGGCGGGGCCUCAUACUGGUACUGCACGGCCCGCCCGGCGUGGGCAAGACGCUGACGGCCGAGUGCGUCGCCGAGUUCUCCCGGCGGCCGCUGUACAUCGUCUCGUCGGGCGACCUGGGCACGACGAGCGGCGAGCUCGACCACAAGCUCGGCCGCGCGCUCGACCUGGCCAGCACGUGGAAGGCCGUGCUGCUCAUCGACGAGGCCGACGUCUUCCUCGAGCGCCGCUCCCUGCACGACAUGGCCCGCAACGGCCUCGUGUCCAUCUUCCUGCGCACCCUCGAGUACUACUCGGGCAUCCUCUUCAUGACCACCAACCGCGUACGCACCUUUGACGACGCCUUCAAGUCGCGCAUCCACGUGCCCCUCAAGUACGAGGAGCUGCCCGCCCCGAGCCGCAAGCGCAUCUGGCGCAACUUCCUCGGCGGCGUCGAGGGCGGCGUCGACAUCGACGACGACGGCUACGACCGCCUGGCCGAGGGCAGGCUCAACGGCCGCCAGAUCAAGAACGUCGUGCGCACCGCCAAGAGCCUGGCCGCGCACAAGAAGCGGCGGCUCGACCACGCUCAACUUCAACAGGUCAUGGACAUCCAGAUGGCCUUUGAGCAGGAGCUGGACGCGGUCGGUGACGAGAUCGACCAGGUCGAGCGCUGA